AUGAAAACAGCCACAGUGCCCAUGCUUCUGACCCUGGCUCUUUGCCUCAUCCAAGAUGCUGCCAGUGAGGAUGAAAAUCAGGAAACAUGCAAUAAGUUUCGAGUACUGAUGAAAAAUGGGAAGUUGUUCUGUCCCCAAGAUGAAAAACUUUUUCAAAGCCCUGAUUGGAUAACAUUCAUCAACAAAUGUGUCACGUGCAAGAUGAUACUAGAAAAAGAAGUGGUGUCUCAGAGAAAUGCCAGCCGUUUAACAAGAGCCACAGCCUCAGCAGAGCUGAAUUGUGAUGAAUUCAGGAAAGGAGAAGGAGAUGGGGGUUUUAUCUGCACUGACGGUGAUACAGCUGUUUGUGGCACAGAUGGGAAGACAUACAGCAACAGAUGUGAGCUGUGUGCCAAAAAUGCGAAAACCAGGUCCCAAGUUGGCAUAAGGAAUGAAGGGGAAUGUGAGAACAAUAAUCCGAAGCAGGAUGUUUGCAGUGAUUUUCGGGCAUAUGUGAAGGACGGACGACUUGGCUGCACAAGGGAAAAUGACCCAGUUCUGGGUCCUGAUGGGAGGACACAUGGCAAUAAGUGUGCCAUGUGUGCGGAGCUCUUUUUAAAGGAAGCUGAAGAAAAUGCCAAGCGAGAAGGUGAAGCCAGAAUUCAACGAGAAGCAGAAAAGGAUCUUUGCAAGGAAUAUGAGAAACUUGUGAGGAACGGAAGACUUUUCUGCACACGAGAGAGUGACCCAGUCCGCGGCCCUGACGGCAGGAUGCACGGCAACAAAUGCGCUCUGUGUGCGGAAAUUUUCAUGCGGCAAUUUACAGAAGAAAAAAACAAGACGGACAAAAAUCGGAGAGAAGCUGAAGAAAAUGUUAAAGCUAGAAAAGAAAUAGAGAAACUCUGCAGUGAAUUUCAAGAUCGUGCAAAGAAAGGGAUACUUUUCUGCACGAGAGAAAAUGAUCCUGUCCGUGGCCCCGAUGGAAAAAUGCAUGGCAACUUGUGUUCCAUGUGCCUUGCCUUCUUUCAAGCAGAAGCUAAAGAAAAGAAAAGGGUUGGAGCACAAGCAAGAAAUAAAAGAGAAACUGGAAAAGCACCCUCCUAUGCCGAGCUUUGCAGUGAAUACCGAAGCUUGGUGAGGAAUGGAAAGCUCCCUUGCACCAGAGAAAAUGACCCCAUCCAAGGCCCAGAUGGGAAGAUGCAUGGCAACAUCUGCUCCAUGUGCGAGGCCUUCUUCCAAGCAGAAGAAAAGAAAAAGAAGGAAAGUGAAUCAAGAAAUAAAAGACAAUCUGAGAAUACAACUUUUGUGGAAUUGUGUAAUGAAUACCGCAAGUCCUGGACGAACGGUCGGCUCCUUUGCACCCGAGAGAAUGACCCCAUCCAGGGCCCGGAUGGCAAGAUGCAUGGCAACACCUGCUCUAUGUGCGAGGUCUUCUUCAAACAACAAGAAAGUGCAAGAGCGAAGGCCAAAAGAGAAGCUGCAAAGGAACUCUGCAGCGAAUUCCGAGACCGAGUGAAGAAUGGGAUGCUCAUAUGCACCAGGGAGAGUGAUCCCGUCCGGGGCCCUGAUGGCAAAACGCAUGGAAACAAGUGUGCCAUGUGUGCCAGCGUGUUCAAACUGGAAGAAGAGGAGAAGAAAAAAGCGAACAAAGACGGAAAGGAAAAAGUUGAAGCUGAGAAAGUGAAGAGAGAAGCAGUACAGGAGCUGUGCAGUGAAUACCGGAACUAUGUGAGAAAUGGACGUCUACCCUGCACCCGAGAGAAUGACCCCAUUGAGGGCCUGGAUGGGAAGAUCCACGGCAACAUCUGCUCCAUGUGUGAGGCCUUCUUCCAGCAAGAAGCCAAAGAAAAAGAAGCCAAAGCCAGAGCAAAGGCUAAAAGAGAAGCCAGCAAGGAUGCAUGCAAUGAAUUUCGGAGCCUCUUACAAAAUGGAAAGCUUUUCUGCACCAGAGAAAAUGAUCCUGUGCGUGGUCCUGAUGGAAAGACCCAUGGCAACAAGUGUGCCAUGUGUAAGGCAGUCUUCCAGAAAGAAGAUGAAGAAAGAAAGAAAAAAGAAGAGGAAAGCCAGAGAAAUGCUGCAGGACGCAAUUCUAGUGGUGGUGGAGGAGGGAAAGAAGAGGAUCCUUGCGCUGAAUAUCGGGAAAGUAUGAAAAAUGGACAACUCAGUUGUACUCGAGAGAGCGACCCUGUGCGUGACGCUGACGGCAAAUCGUACAACAACAAGUGCGCCAUGUGUAGAGAAAAGCUGCAAAGAGAAGCAGAGGAAAAAAAUAAGGAUUCUUACUUCAGAUCAAAUGGGACUGGCUCAGGAUCGGAAAAGGAUGUAUGCGAUGAGUACAGAAGCCAAAUGAAAAAUGGGCAGCUUCUCUGCACACGAGAAAGUGAUCCUGUGAGGGGCCCGGAUGGCAAGACCCACGGCAAUAAGUGUGCUAUGUGUAAGGAAAGACUGGAAAAAGAAGCAACUGAGAGAAAGAAGAAAGAGGAGGAGGACAAGAGAAGUGCAGCAGAAAAGGCCAAUGCCGAGCAUGAUCAGUGUUACGAAUUCCGGAGCCAGCAGAGACACUUGGGAAAACUUGUCUGCACCAGAGAAAACAGCCCCGUUCGAGGUCCUGAUGGCAAGAUGCACGUCAACAAAUGCGCCAUGUGUCAGAGCAUAUUUGAGCGAGAAGCUAGUGAAAGAAAAAAUGAUGAAGAAAAACCAACUGCCAAGCCGUCGGGUGAUGCAAAGGAUGAAUGUAUUGAGUUCCGAAACUACGUCAGGAACAAUGAACUUCCCUGCCCGCGAGUGAAUGACCCUGUGCGUGAUGCUGAUGGAAAAGUUUAUAAAAACAAGUGCUACAAGUGCAGAGCUAUCUUUCAGAGAGAAGCUUUGGAGAAUGCAAAAGCUCAAGAAAAGCCAUCCCAUGGUCAGUCUUCCAAGGAGGAAAACAGCACAGAUUCUCUGAAUGCCGAGAUGUGCAAACAUUACAGACUGUUGCCCAGGAUAGGUUAUCUUUGCCCAAAGGAUUUACAACCUGUUUGUGGGGAUGAUGACCAGACAUACAAUAACCCCUGCAUGCUUUGCCAUGAAAAUCUGUUACGCCAAACUUAUACGCGCAUACGCCAUAAAGGGAGGUGUGACGAGGACAGCAGCCCAGAAGCCACGCCUGCCAGUAGGCCGAUGGCUGUGAGUACACUGCCUACAUGA